AUGAAGACGCGACCCACAGGAAACACCUCCAAUGCUGACUGGAUGGGCUCCCUGUGCCCUGCCCUUACAUCAAUGCCCCUCAAACACCUGGCGGUUCCUGGCUCUCAUGAUUCCUUUAGUUUCUGGGUGGACGAACACGCUCCAGUCGGUCCAGACCAGAAAGCGUACGUCAAACACCUAGCUGCCAUAUUCCGUUUUUUGGCCAAGAAAGUGAUGAAGAAGUGGUCCAUGACCCAGAACCUGACCUUCAGGGAACAGCUUGAGGGAGGCAUUCGCUAUUUCGACCUGCGCGUGUCCUCCAAACCAGGAGAAGCAGGCCACGAGAUAUACUUCAUACACGGCCUGUUCGGGCACAAAGUACGCGAUGGCCUUAAUGACAUUAACAAUUUUCUCAACAUACACAAGAAAGAGGUUGUUUUUUUAGACUUCAAUCAUCAUUAUGCAAUGGGAGAAGAACACCAUCGUUACCUAAUCAAGAUGUUGCAGGAUGUGUUUGGUCACAAGCUCUGCAGGAUGGAUGUGGUGGAGGACAUCACUCUGAAUUAUCUGUGGGAAAAUAGAUACCAGGUCCUGGUGUUUUACCAUCAUCCAUCUGCUGAGGGCUGUCCUGUGAUGUGGCCUGGUAGUAAAAUCCCUGCACCGUGGGCCAAUACUACAGACACCACCAAACUCAUUCAGUUCCUGGAGACCACACUGGGUGAACGAGCCAAAUACGGCAGCUUUCAUGUGUCGCAGGCUAUUCUAACCCCACGUGUCAAAACCAUCGCCAGGGGCCUGGUACAGGGUCUGAGGAACUACCUGGUGGAGAGGAACCUUCCAACCAUAAUGACCUGGGUUGAAGCACAGAAGCCUGGCAAAGAUGGAGUCAAUAUCAUCACGUCAGACUUUGUAGAACUUGUGGACUUUGCAAACACCGUCAUCAAGUUAAACACCCUCCUCAUUAAGGAUCGGGAUACCACAUGA